AUGCUCACAUCCACCGACAUACGCAUCGCCAGCGCGGAGAACGCACGCUUCAAGUUCGCGCUGCUCAGCCAGGGCUGGGUCGGCAACGGGCCCGGCGCAACAUACCUGAUGAAGCAGAUUGCAUACGCCGAUGUGAUGCGCAUCCUGCUAACUGACGAGCCGUUCGACGCGAAAGAGGCGCUGCGCAUGAACCUCAUCAACGAGGUCGUGCCGCACGACUCGCUGAUGGCGCGGCGCGGAGGAGAUUGCGAACCACAUCGCAGGACUGCCGCCACUCGCCGUGCGCAUGAUGAAGGAACGCUCAUGAACACGCUGCUCACACAGCUCAGCGCAGACGGCGACGAGGGCAGGCAGGCGUUCCUGGAAAAGCGCGCCCCCGACUUUACCGGAAGCAUACGGCAGAAGGGCGAGCCAUACCCCGAAAUCGACGAGCAGCAGCGCGCGCGCCUCGACGAAGUGCGCCGCGAACUGCUGGGCUGA